GUUACCCAUGAACCGUCCAGCUUUACGCGAAGUUUCGCAGACCACAGUUAAGUUAAUCAAGGGACGCUAUAGUAAACAACAAAUCUAAUUAGUGUAUUACUUAUGUCUUACGAAAAAUUAUUGUUACUGUUGGUGUUAGUUUAUAUAUGUGUCACAAUUUCGAUUUCAAAUCCCGACGCUAAAAGACUUUACGAUGAUUUAUUAAGUAACUACAACAGGCUAAUCAGGCCCGUUAGUAACAAUACAGAUACUGUUCUCGUUAAACUUGGAUUGAGAUUGUCGCAACUAAUUGAACUGAAUCUAAAGGAUCAGAUUUUGACAACGAAUGUUUGGUUGGAGCAUGAAUGGGAGGAUCACAAGUUUAUGUGGGAUCCAGCGGAAUAUGGAGGAGUCACGGAGCUCUACGUUCCGUCGGAACACAUCUGGCUGCCAGAUAUUGUUCUCUAUAACAACGCGGAUGGAGAGUAUGUUGUGACAACGAUGACAAAAGCAGUGUUACGUCACACUGGAAAGGUGUUAUGGACGCCUCCUGCAAUCUUCAAGUCUUCUUGUGAAAUCGACGUGAGGUACUUCCCAUUCGAUCAGCAAACCUGCUUUAUGAAGUUUGGUUCAUGGACCUACGACGGGAAUCAGAUCGACCUGAAGCACAUUAAUCAAAAAAUAGGGGAAGAUAAGGUGGAUGUUGGUAUUGACCUUCGAGAGUACUAUCCUAGUGUCGAGUGGGAUAUAUUAGGCGUCCCCGCCGAAAGACAUGAAAAGUACUAUCCUUGCUGUGCCGAGCCCUAUCCGGAUAUCUUCUUCAAUAUUACUCUCAGGCGAAAGACACUAUUUUACACUGUCAAUCUCAUCGUGCCAUGCGUUGGCAUAUCCUACCUCUCAGUGUUGGUAUUCUACCUUCCCGCCGAUUCGGGUGAAAAAAUAGCCUUAUGUAUCAAUAUUUUACUAUCCCAAACUAUGUUUUUCUUACUAAUUUCUGAGAUCAUACCAUCAACAUCACUAGCGCUGCCACUGCUCGGAAAGUACAUUCUUUUCACAAUGGUCUUAGUCGGUUUGUCCGUUGUGAUUACAAUUGUAAUUUUAAACGUGCACUAUCGAAAGCCGAGCACGCACAAAAUGGCCCCGUGGGUCAGAUCAUUUUUUAUCAAGAGUGUACCCAAGCUUUUACUGAUGAGAGUUCCCAAGGACUUACUGACCGAAUUAGCCGCAAAUAAAUUUUCAUCAUCGAGAUUAUUGCGCAAAAGGGAAAUCGACACGAUGCCUUCAACCGAUUCAUCCUCCACCUCCUCUUCGUCAACCGCUUCAAGACAUCGCGCAAGCGGGUGCAACGGGCUUUACACAACAACCGCGACAAAUCGAUUGCGAGGAUUUGGUGCAUCGUUUGGAGGUCGCCUGGUCUAUAACGGGUUAUCGUCAGUAUUCUCUGGAAUAGAUGAUAACGAUUGCGGGAAUCGUAAAAAGUACCCAUUCGAAUUGGAAAAGGCCAUUCAUAACGUUAUGUUUAUUCAGCAUCACAUCCAAAGGCAGGAUCAGUUUAAUGCGGAAGAUCAAGAUUGGGGAUUCGUAGCGAUGGUCUUGGACCGGCUCUUCUUGUGGAUAUUUAUUAUAGCGUCGAUUGCCGGAACGUUUGCGAUCUUGUGCGAGGCCCCUGCUCUGUACGACGAUACGAAACCAAUCGACAUGGAAUUAUCGUCAGUCGCCCAGCAACAGUUUCUACCAGAUUUAGACUUUUGAUUACAUUUAAAGUUGUAGUUACAGAAAUUUUUAUAACCAUAAUCUAAUAGUUGAAAACUUUUACCUUUUUAUAGCUUUUUAAGAGCGCGUGGAAUCCUGAAAAAGUGUAAUAACACAUAAUAUAAUAUAACGAUAAUCAACAUUUUAACCUUAUCAUACAAACAAAAUUCUUAAAUUAACAUGUGUUCAGAUAAUGUACUUAGUAACUGUGCAAUAAUUAAACCAAACAAUUUCUAAAGUGGAGGGCGAUUAAAGAUAUAUUGU